AUGAAAAUGGAGACUGCGAAUGAUUCACAAUCUAGCCCCAAGCGACGGAAACUGGAAGAUAAGAAUGAAUCUCCUAAACAAGUUGAUGCCCAUAUCAAAACGUUUCUCGAAUCAAUUUUCAAGAACGCAGGCAAAAAUGGCGCUUCUGAAAACGCAAGAGAAGCUUUGGCCUCGGCCGUUAGUAAAACGUUGGGCAAACGCCGGCGAAAUGUCCCUCGUCGAGACGCAUCAACUCAGACAGAAGAAGAAAGUGUGGAAGAUCAAUUUCCUGAACGUCCUCAGCAACCUCCCUCCCCUACGUCUUUAUUGACUGUAAAUGCCGCAGCUUAUUAUGCCUCAACUGCAAAUAAUAUUGGUUAUUUAGCUCCCUCAAAUACCGAUCUUCAGUAUUAUACUACCAUCUCAACCAAUCCGAUUGCCGCCUCUCAACUACCCUCUACAGAAUUACGUCAGCAACUUAGUAUCUGGGAUCAAAGCUACCAGCGAUGGUUUAAAGAGAGUUUUGGCGUGGAUAUUGAAUCUGUUCCUUUAGAAACCGCACGCCCACAAACAAAUAUUCAAGUAGAUUCUGAUGCUUCUAGGGCAGUCGCUUGUCAGACUCCUCUAGUUCCUAACAACCCGGUAAUUUCUGCUCAACCUGUCAUUUACGCUGCUCAGCCAGUAAUCAAUCCGAUUUCAACUUUACUCAGUGCUCAAAUGGCUGCUCAGAAUCUACUUUACUUUUACGCCCAGCAGCAACUGAAACAACAGCAAGAGUUUAUGGCUGCGGCUAUGGUUUCUUCUUUAACUGCUAUUCCGAGGCCCAUAGUCUGUUUCCCUUCGACCAAAUCUGUCCAGCCUCAGGUUAGUUCUCCAACUCCUUCCUCAUCUAGUCAGGUACCGAUUGAUUCAUCAGAAUUAAGUGGCCAUGUAACACAAUACGGUGCCUAUGGUGUUCUUCGUUCUUGUCCCCUUGAUGUUAUGGAAACACAAGAGGGUCCAGAUAGUAAGGAUGCUGAUGGGGAUGGAGAGCUUCCAGUUUAUACAACUCCCGAGGACUAUCGCUCCCGGCUUCAAACGUGGAUGCCACCUCGUCCCCCACUUGGGCUUUUGCUGAGGAAACAAACCCUUAUUUGCGUUGUUACGGUGCCUAUUCAAAGCAAAGUGUAUGAAAUUGAAGUACGGAAGAAAGCGCCCUCGAAAACUCCAGUGAAUAUUGAUUAUGUUUCCGCUCUGGAGACUAUUGUUGAGAAGAAUGCGAAAGUCAAAGUUACAUAUGUUUUUAACCGAAUUAAUCGACUCCCUGAUGAUGCUCAAUCAGCCUUUCUUCACGGAUUCCGGGAAACUGACAAUGAUGAAAUCGUAACUCUUGAAAACCUUCCUACUACGGAUCCUAUGCAUAAUUUGGAGGUCCCUUCAAAUUCUAAUGGAAAUGUCGUUGCAAUAGGACCAACUGCAGAGCCUACUUCUCAGGUCAUCGAUAAUUCCCUGGAUGUAGAAGAAGUUAUUUUGGAUGACAAAUUGCACGUCGAAGUUAGUCCAGCUUGUGAGGCACACUCAAGAGAUAUGUAUAUAUGUGAUUUGCUCAUCGGUGAUGUUCUCAUUUGCCAAGCCCUGGCUGACUGUAAAAUGCAAGCAAAGAUCUGCUCUUGUCGUAAGGCUCUUUACCUCCUAUCAAAACCCACGUUUGUUGUUGGUGGGAUUCGAACUUGGUAUGGUAAUGAUGAGAGUCCAAUCGAUUAUCUCACUUUUUGUCUCAGUCUCGAGGCAAAGAGAGUACCGCGAUUGAUGCCUUAUCUGGCUGAUCCCCUGGUUCCCAUUCCCUCGGAGCAGCCAAUUUGUCCAAAGGAUCCUGCAGAGACCUUCAAGGUUUGUACUCCCAAACCCAUUCACGAUCUCUGGCUCUACACAGCUCGGCCGAUUGCUGUAAAUGUGGAUGAACUGCUUGCACCAGAACAGUACCUAGCACAGUCAGCGGAAUUCAGCCAAAUGACCGUGAACUUUGAGGUGGAGUUUGAUUCAUCAACUGGCAAAUUUACAGCCUUUGGGUUGGUGGAUGGCCAAAGAUGUGUCAGGGCUCCCGGAAAUAGUGUACCUGUUGCUCGAGCGGCCGCUUCUUCUCGUCUUCUGCAGUAUUUAAAGUUAUCUCAACCCGUCGUUGGUCUGCUCUUGCCCCCUCCUGAUCCUGAUGACUUAGAAGACCUUGAGAUGGCAAAUGAUGAUUCCAUGAAUCCAUUGUGGGGUCUUACGGAGGCCAGCAUUGUCGACAGUCUCAUGUGGGGCAAACACGAAAAGCAGUUCGCUCUUCCUAUUGAACACCUUGAAGCUCAUUGCGAAAUUUUGUCAUCCUCAAGUUCUGAAGAACUAGACAAGUCAUUUAACUCAGGUGGCAGUAGUUUUUUUCUUUCUCGGAGACAUUUGGAUCAGUACUUAGAAGCCUACGCAGCGUCUGCCUUGGUAGCACCCCUUCGUAUCUCUCUACAGGCCCUCCCCCACUCCCUCUGGCAUUUGGCCCGUUCCAUUGCUCACUCUUGGGGUCUUCUCACCCUCAUUGAGUUCGAAAUUCCUGACCAUUUGAACACCGCCUUUCUCUUGGUCUGUAAACGUGCCCCUCUCCCCCGUCUUAAACGAACUCUCUUUGAGAAGACGGAGGCCGGCGUCUUUUAUCUUCUCUCAAAAGGCAACCUUCCUCCUGAGGCUCUGAAAACAAUCUCGUCAGCAGACCUUUUAGAGUCUCCCACCAAUCCUGAAUCCCAGACUGUUAAUAUUCUCCCCGAACCAUCAUCUCCACAAUUCGAAGCAGAGGACGAACUUCCCUAUGUGGAUGAAAACGAUCCUCUCACUAGAAUGGCACGCACCUUCCACGCGACGUCCUCUAUCGUCAAAACUGAGGCUAUUAACGUACAGCCAUCAGUUUCCGCGGAUGAUCCUGAUGUUUUCCUCGUCUCUGCAGAGCUCAACCAACACUCCAAUGCAGUGGAGAUCCUUGAUGAUCUCCCCAAACAACUUAUACCAGGAAUUGAUUUUUAG